AUGUGUGAUGUUAUUGACUGCGAUAUAGAAAUAGAAAGAAAUUAUCAUUAUACUACUGAAACAUUGGAACAACAGUUUGUAUAUAUUAGAGACCAUACGGUUAAUAAAGACCCGGCUAUUAAUGUUACCAAAGGAGGACAACACGCGCAACAAUACGGUGACCUAUCUAUUGGCAAACUACCCGUCUCUAUGUUUUUGGGGAAAACUAAUCCAAAAUAUCCAAUUAAAAGACCAAUGAUUGCUAAUCCAAAAGCUGAAGAUUUAGUUAAUACAAGAGAAGUUGCCAUAAAUUUGCUUCAGAAACGUAUUGAAGAAACUGAUGAUUUAAAUGAAAAGCAAAUAUAUGUUGACAAAUUAAUACAACUAUUAAAUAACAGAAAACUUGUAGACAAACACUUCGAGCAAUACGUUCAUUCAAUUCAACAUUUAUUAGCUCAAUAA